AUGAGUGUGGACGGUCGCCGCGAUUUGCAUUCAUUUCGAGAUUGGCGAAACUCGACAUGUCUUGCACAUACAAUACUUUUGUGCAGUUAUUUUUUGUAUCAAUUAUUAAUUGCUUGUCUGUCACUCAUGCUUAUAGAGCAGAGAGGUGAUUCACCAUUACAUAUACUGAAUUUCCCAGCGUCCAUCCACACGUUGAUCAACAAAGACAUACAAAAAAAAAGCGAUGAUCAAUGCUUAUUCGGUUGCCCAUAG